AGUACGUUUAAUAAUAUAUAUAUAGUACGUUUAUUUAAUAAUUCUUAAAUAAUCAGUUAUAACAAUGUGUUGAUAAAGUAUCUCUUUUGACUGAAUUCUCCAGCAGAUUAUUCUCGAACUGUCAAUAUUGAACAGGAUGCAAUGAACAUAAGAACCAAUGACGAAGAUAAUGCGAGCCAAUGAGGAUUCUUCUUACUCUUUUACGUAGUUGAUUACGAGUGUCCUGGAUGGACUUUGAAUUACGUUUCUCUGAUGAUACAUCUUAUUUCUGAAUAUGUAUUUAUGUAUAAAAAUAAUUCACACAGUAAUUAAUACAAUGAUAUUUGUUGUAUAAAUUUAUAAAAAAAUCAGAAACUUUUAUUAGUAAUAAUAACUAACUUUGCUAGCUUUUUCAAUGCUAAUUUCUGCGCAUUUGUUAGUAAGUGGUUGUUAUUAUUAAAAAUAUGCAAUCUAUAAGCAUACUAAAAAUGUUUUUAUAUCUAUUGCUUUGAAAGUUAGACAACACUGUUUCAUAAAUAUAACUUUAAUUAAAAAUAAAUUAAUUAAUUUGAAAUAAAAUUAGGAUAUUGGGAUGCAAUAGUCAGAAUUUAUAGAUUUAUCUAUGUAUCGUGUACAAAGUUUGCACAUAAUAAGACUUCUAUGGUUGUGCAAUGGUGCCCGUUAACGCCCAGAUUUACUUUCGCGUUCAUGUUAUCGUCAAUGUAACUGAAGAUAUGUUACGCCUCUGUAAACUUACGAACGAAACUUUAUAAGUAUGCCGCACAUUUUUGUUUCGAGUCUUUCGUUCGAGGUUUUCUUUGCGUCUACGAUAUGGAAUUGUGCGUGCUCCGGCUUUUUGUGACGUGCUAUCUGACUUGCAUUCUAAGCAGAAAUGCAAUCGGUGAAUCUACAUUAAUUAAAGUUUUCCCAUCUAUUAAUAAUAUUUCUCAACCGGAACUGAGAAUAUCUAAGAUAGGCAAUACGCGAACCGAGCAAUUAAUCAAGACGGAAACGAGACCAGAUGGGAUUAUUUUGAAAAAUGUUGAUGAUGAUUGGUAUAAACUUGAAACAUCACGAGAAUCUUCGGAGAAUCAAUCAAUGAAGAGAAGAAUUUUGAACAAUUUAAAAGAAGCAAAAUGUUCUAGGUAUUGUAUACAACAACUGGGAAUUAGCAAAGAUUUUGAAGAAAUCAAUCUUGUUCCGUCAUUUGCCGAUCAAAAUGGAGAUGAUUACUUUUCACUUGAAAACAAUUCAAACUUAAAUAUAUUAAAACAUAUAUCUACUGAUAAUAAAAGUUCAACAGUUUUAGCUUAUUGUAAAAUCUAUCUUAAUUUGAAUUGUGACAUGAUUAGCAUAGAAAAAAAUUUGAUUGCGCAAAACAACAAAUUUUCCAAUUUUAAAUUUAAUCAAGAAAAUAACAAGAUAUUAAAAACUUAUUUUCCAUAUACUAUUACAGAUUUCUCGAAAAAAUUAGUGCACAGAACUAACUUGAGUGGAUAUACUGAAAUCAAUUUUGAAACCGAUGCCAAUGUAACUAGAAUUGAGAUCAAUAUUUUAGGAAAUCUUACACGUGCAAUUUUAAUAAUCCCUACGAGAGAAAACAGAAUGAGACCAGGGCUAGUGAUGUCAUUGGCAAGUGCAUACAGCACGAAAGGGAUGGCUAUCGGCGCGCGCAACUUUUUAGAUAGAUGGUGCGUAAAGCUAACGGGGGUGGAAAAUUCAAAGUACAAUUUCGACGUAAUUGCUUACUACGGAUCAAAUGAGGAAGAUAAUAUGAAAGAUAAUAUUAUCAACGUUAACUUCAUGAAUGGUAAGCAAAAUUGCAAAUUGCAGUGUUAAUCACACGACGAUUAAUUACACGACAACAUUUAUUUUAUAUAAAUAAAUGCAUUUGUAAAAUAAAAAAUUAAAUUUAAAAUAUUACAUUUUUGCCCCUACAUGUAGUAAUGUCAAUUCUUAACACAUAUGAAUUACUGUAUAAAUUUUUUACGAACGUUUAAAAGUAUCGAUACUGACUCAUUCAUUCUGAAGUUCUUGAUAUGAGAUCAUUAACUAUUUUACAUAUCAAAGUCACAUUUUGUCUAAACAAUACAAAGUCCAAAAUUAGGUCAUAAGACGUCUUUAACCUGAUUUUAAACUUAAUAUUGUCUGUAUCUUUUGUUUUAUAACCUAUUAAUCAAAUCAACCGAAAAAUCUUAAAUAAAAUAAUAAAACAAUUUAAAGAUAUUACUGAGCUGCAUACUUUCUAACAUACUUUCUAUAAAUGUAAAUAUAAUAGACUUCAACAAAACAGUUUCAACAAAAGUCUGUAAAAUUUAAUUUUAUAGAAUAUCAACUCUAAGAAAAGAGACGAUAUCAUUAAAUUAUUAAUAAUGCAAAAUCAAAUAAUCUAAUCUAAGAAUUAGAAAAAAAGAAAAUAAAUCA